AUGGCAGCUAUCUUUGAGACUCUACCCGUCGAGAGAUUCAGCGGGAUAUCUGAACCCUUAAAACGACCAAGGGAAAUCGCUUGUUUUUCUUAUGAUGAAUGGCACCGGUUCCGACUCGAUGACUCUGGUCUUCGUUACUAUUAUCCUCCAAAAUUACCGGUAGACCUAAAGGCUGGCUUUGAUACUUUUGUUCAACGUGAUGAAUCUGAAGAUAAGCAUCUCAAUGCACUUCUUGAUACUAUUAUUGCGACCGAAAAGGAGAAAGGGAGGAAGUACGAUAUGGACUUUGUUACGUGGAGAGGAAUGAUGACCAAGGCAAGCCCAUAUAUAUUCACCGCUCCUUACGAUACUAUGAAUGGAUUUAUUGAAGAGUCUCACUCUUACCACCUCGAACAACUCAAAGAACAGUCAAACAGAAGAGUGCGUCCAGGGGCGCAUUCAUCCGAUAUGAUGUCAUAUUGGGGGUAUAAGUUCGAAACCGUGUCUGUACUCUCGGAGCCGUGGGAUGCGGCCAGUAGAGAGACCAUCGAGGCUAGGGAAAGCGAAGUUGUGAAUAACAACCCACAGUAUUGCUCUCUUGUUCGCACUGGAAUUGGAAAUACCAGGAUGCUCCUCGCUGGAGAGGUCGAUGCAGAAGACGAUCCUAUCAACUGGGUAGAGCUCAAGACAUCUGCAACAAUACGGCAUGGAAAUGACGCCAUAAAUUUCGAGCGCAAGCUUCUCAAGUUCUGGGUCCAGUCAUUUCUCCUCGGUGUUCCAAAGAUAAUCGUCGGCCGGCGGGACCAAGAUGGUUAUCUCCUAGCUAUUGAGGAGUAUGCUACAGAUGAAAUCCCCAAUAUUCCUAAAACGGGGGCAAAUACAUGGGAUGCAAACACGUGUAUCAAUUUUGCCUCUCAGUUUCUGACUUGGUUGAAGACAAUCGUGGACUCAGAAGGGGUAUGGACAAUUCGAAAGGCCGCCAAGUCAAGCCACAUCGAAGUCUUUAAGGUCCAGGAAACUGGCUAUGGAAAUAUUCUGACCCCAGAGUUUGUCGAAUGGAGAUUGCAAAGUUAG